AUGAACAACAAACUUGCUGAUUUAAUUAGCAACUAUCUCAACGAAUAGAAACAUCUAACAGAUAAAUAUACUAGACUAUUCAAUCAAAUCAAAUAAGCUGACAACUACUAUGGUCGCAAUUCCAAUUCCAUCCUAAAUCUCAAGAAGAGGUCUUCCAAUUCAGAUUACAGUUACAGUUCCAAUAAGGAAAAAGUCUAUUGCCAAUUUUGUGGAAAACAAUACACCAGCAGAUUGCCAUUGAAAAAUCACAUCGAGAAGUUCCAUUUCCAAGAAACCUACCCUUCCAAACAAGAGUUAUCUACUAAAUAAAUCACCCCCUAUGAUGAUGACGAUGAUUGCGCAAAUGACGAUGAAAAUAGUUAUAAUGAAGCAGACGAGGAAUUGAGACAGAAACUGUUAAGGAAUGUCCAAGCCAUCGAGAAGCGAGAGUGCUAAGGACCUCCCCAAGAAGAGGUCAUCAUCAGUGGCAUCGAUUCAGAUUCAUAGAAUUGA